GAAACACGUAACUCGCCGUGCCCGCCGUUAUGACUCAGCUCGAGACCGUUGUCUUGCCGGGGCUGUGCAAGACUUCUGCGUGAACGCGAGUGUGUCUGUGACCAGCGUUUCCUUGCAAUUCCGCAUUCUGUGCCGACGUCUUCUCACAUGGUAUUUUGUCUCGAAGUGACCGUCUUUUUACUUUCGUCCAAAAAGCUCAUGCUCCCUUCAAUAGCUGUCGUGUCGCAGGGGGAAAGCGGUGUCAUGGCGGACUGACGCUGCCUGCUUUCAAGCUCUCCUGACUCCCGCUUCUUCAGCAGCGUUAACGGUGGCUGCCUCCAGUUGAAAGAGAUAUUGGAUUCUGGCAGUUCGCCGAGCCAAUAUUUUCCCUCAUAAUAAUCUCUCCUAAUGGCAUUUCCUGUGUCUUCUCGCACUAGGAGCAGUUGGCGUUGGAGCCAUUCUGUGGAGCAGUUUCCGUUGUCCGUGCAGUGUCUGGAUGCGGAUAGGGGGCCUGUGUGUUUUGAUUAAUAUUUCGAAAUCAAGAAUUACGAGAAACCCUGUGUCCCAUCCCUCACUAGAGAAAACCGAGAUAUCUCUGAUGUUCCCUGCUACCAUACUGCCAGAUGUUGGAGCAGGAAGCUCGCCUCUACUAGACGGGACGGUGCUGCUGCGUUUCCCACUCGAACCAGCAUACAACAAGCGUGCAUUGUGCUCAAAUCAGUCAGGGCUUGCGGAUGUUUUGUUCGCGAGUGGGACUCCGACAGCAUCUUUUGUCCCUUUUGCAGCGCUUUCUCUCAAAGGAAACGCUUAGCAUAUCCAGCAGGCUUUAUGUCUGAGACACCCCUGCGUCAGCCUUUUCUAAACGUGACUGUAACGAGUUUUCUGGCAUCACCGGUCUGUGUCCACUCCGACCGCUGCACUCCUAUAUACGGAGACUUUUACGAACUGUUAAAAACAUCUCGAACUUAUAGAGCACGUGAUUUUUUGCUUAGGCUCGCGAUACAAAGCCCAUUCUCAACAACGUAUCUAUGCAACUGAUCGCGUACACGUUUCGUGCUUUUUCCACUGGCGUUCGGGUCACUGGACAUGUAGUCCUGAGAGGGCCCCCGGUUUGCACAGAGUGUUCCCCCUUCGAGGCCGAUUGGCUUUGUGGCGACGAUGACGCAGGUGCCGUCAAAUGAAAGCUUGCCAAACAGGCAGACUUCUGAGAAAGAUAAGAAAUCUCGAACCUUACUUUUUAUAGCCGACCACCAGAGUGAGUCAGAUAUGGGCACACCUGCACAGAGUGGCACCGGCCCCCUUUCUCCGGUGAAUCGUCACUCGCGGUCGCCACGAAGUCUGCGAGUUUUUGACGAUGUGGAAACACACUCAGACUCGAGAGCACGCAGUAGAACACCCUCUGCUUCACCUCGGAGUCGUGGAACGGCAGCUCGCAGUCUCUCCCCUUCGCCUGGUGCUCGUGGGCACAGGAAGUCGCGGACUUCCGUCCCUGGGGAGGCCUCAAGUUCACCAACAGGAUCAGACCUUCCCGAACCAGAGACACCGGCUUCAGCUUCCGAGAAACGCUGCCCUGCGACCCCUUCACCCCGUGUCACCUCCCUGAGCCUUCCUGACGCAAAACGAAAAGUUUUUUCUCAGUCCACGGCGAUAUCAGUAUCUUCUGAAUCUCCUUCGUCUGCGGCAAAACCGCCGAGUGUGACGGGACGACGCGUGGGAGGCGCGCCGCCUUCCUCGAAAAACGAGUUGCUCCAAUCCUUCGCUCACAUGCUGCUGGCCAUGCGAUCGCAGCGCGUCGCCUUUGGCUGGCAGCUUUCGCAGGUGCAGCGGCUGGUUGAGCAACUGUCCGAAAUUCCGGACUCAGAGGCUCUCCCGUUGGCUCCGCUGCUCAGGGCCGCAGCCCCUGUCCAAGGAGGGGAGGAAAAGGUGAUCGCGACACAAUCCGCAGGGGCGUUUGACUCUGCUUCAGGUGCAGCUGUGGCAGGGCACGAGCAAAACACUCAACUGCAUGCGAGCCAACCUAGCCCGAACUCGCUGGGGACCUUUGACAAGCGACGGGAAGCUGUUCCGAGGAGCGCGUCACAGAGAGGUGCAUUUGGCACAGAGAGGCAGGAGAGUAUUCUUUCUUGUGUCAAUGAUGAACAGCUCGAAACAAGCCCCAACGUCAAAGGGGUUGCUGACCCAGGAAACCUCGAAGCGAGCUCAAGAUUCCUGGUAGGCUCCGAAGUGAGGACCUCCGUCGGUCCGUCCACGCGAGAUGAAGCCAACAGCUUCUCAGCCUCGCAGCUGGACUCCUUCUCUCUCCUUUCUGCCCCGUUGUCUAACUUCAAAUUGGGAGGAGCAAACCUCCGCCAUCCAGGCGCUUCAGCGUCUCCUCAGUCAAGGAAAACCGUGCACGGGUCGUUCGGGGAUUUCUCGCAGUGUCGCGAGGAAGGAGAAUCCUUACUAGGGAAGCGGCGAGAUGGCCGUGUGGAUGCUGGGAUAUCUGAGGCAAGAAGAACUGGUGCGAUAUGCAGGCUAAGCGAAUCCGCUCCGCAUCGAUUCUCAACACCUCGCGCAAGCUCGGAGUUAAGCCGCCCUUCUGAGAUGGGCACUACAGCUCCUGUCAGCAGAGGGUCGACCGAUCUCCAGAGCCUGGAGAGGCGCAUUCAGGGAAUUCGCCAAGCUAUCGAGUUGGGCAUGCAGUUCGAAGAUGCGUAUGAGACCAUCACUGCGGAAUUCACUUCCGGGAAGCCAUCCGAAGCCCGGAGAACCUCUGUCGAAGGGCCUCGAGACGAACUGCGGCGCGGUAUGGCUGCAUCCAGCAUGUCUCUCCCGGUGCCACUAAGUGCACGUGACAGUGCUCGGGGACGGGGUGGCGCAACAGAAGGGUGGGGUCGAAAUGCAGGAAGCGACACUGACAGACCUCUUGACAUAGAAGACCUAACCGCAGUUGUGACACCCGCAAGGGACACCCACUCGCGCCGGAAGGCAUUCUCCCGUAUUGCGGCCAUUUCGACGGAGCAUGCGACUGAAGCAGGAGAGUGUCAGUUACAAACAUUCUCCCAUCGAGGGCACGGAGGAGAGGAGCAUGCAAGAGUCGCAAGCCCCAGGGUAGAGCUGAGUCCGCGGGGGGACUUCCAAAAUGAUGGACAACCCCCCACAGAGGCUCCAAGUGAAGACCUGCUUCGACUGGUGGAACCGCCUACUGAACUCGAGGACGUCGAAAGACGGCAACGAACACGGGUUGCCAGCGAACGACUCCGUUUCCUCCAGUUACAGAUGCAUGCUCUUGAAGUCGCUCGCGAACAGCUUUUCCAGGAACGUCGGCUGGUGGGGAAAUCAGAGAGUUCGGCUAGAAAUCGACCGGGUCUCGAGACGUUUCAACCGGUAGCAUGCUCUUCCGAGGCGUCGUCCAAACCUGCAUCGUCGACGAGCCCGCUCGGUGAGGUGCAGGCAUCCGUCGAGCAAAGGCCUCACGAGAAACGCGAGUGGAUGCCCUGUACCCGAAUGGUCACAGCAGGUACAGAUUAUUCUCCUGUCACCCGUCGGCGCGUGCAACAUCCUGACGAAAGACUCCUGCCUCCCCCCCAAGGAGAGUCACCUCGGAAACUCAGUCCCUCUGGAAGGGCGUCGAAUUCGCCAGGAGGCCGCGCUUGUUUAUCGAGAGAGCAGACGAGGACGAAAAGCCAGCACAGGGGUGGACAGACCUCCUUGCUGUACCCCAGUCGAUUCCUAGCGGAUAUGAUGCGAGAUGCGACAUAUGACCUCCGUCACCCCCGUCCUUCCACUCGUCGGGCAACAGACCUGUCGCGACGACUGGCGCUGCGGCAUCACCCUUCAGAACUGCAGCAGCCCCUUGAGGAGUGUCACAGCUCUCGUCUCGGCGCAGACGUAGAUGCGUAUACUGGAUCUCGUGUUCAGAAGUCUUUCGACGCAGAGUCUUACGUGUCCAUUUCUGCAGACGCUCGAGUGCCGAACGCUUCAGAAGACAUAUGCAGGGGUAGAGGUCCAUUGCACUUAAAAGGCGCGAAAUGUGGAGAUCCUUUUCGAAGCCAAGAGAAUGAAAAGGGCGAGACAGAUAGGCUUCCACCCGCGGGGUUGCCAUCGCCAAUUCGAGGGGGUCGGGUUCCUGGCCCUCCGCCGCCUCUUCGCCAUCUUGCAGGCUCCGCGACACCCAGCCACAUUGUGACUCGACCCCCGUUUGGAAACGAUUUCAACGCAGCGUGGAUGAAUGAACGUAUUUUCGUUUUAGGGGACUCCGACUGUGUAUCUUACGAGGCAGGCAAAAGGAUCCCCGGGGAGCAGACUCCAGCUGUUCCACAGCGUUCCCCAGGAGCUGAGGCCGCGUGGGGGUCUUCUGCUGCGGAUGCAGUCCCCCACGAGAAAACAUACUUCUCAGGCGCUGCCGGAGGCCAUGGUGGCAAAGAGCGCGCAUCGAUCGGCGUAUACAGGAGCAGCGCCAACGGGGUUACUUGUGAUUCACGAGGCAACGCUGAGUCACAAGACACACAAGAGGCAGCAGGCAGGUUCCUCGAUUCCCCAGAUCCCCAUGUCGAUGUAUGUCAGCGAUUCCAUACGCUUUUUCGCGAUAAGCACCGUUCUGCAGGUGGUUGCCCGACCUCGGUUGAACAGUAUCCGAGGUACGUUUUGUAUUCGGGCAGAGAGAAUGCACACGAUCAACAGCGCAUGAGUCCGCGUCAGUAUGCCAGAUCAACGACGCUCCAGUCUAGGUCUGUAACAACACGCACUCUCGCACAUUGUGGCUCAUCUCGAGGAUUGAACCGUCCAUCUUUUUCACGUGCGACGCCAGCGAAAGACACGCUUCAACGAACAGCUGGUUUCUUUGCUCUCCGGCAAAGUACUCAACCAGGAACUUCUUCCAGUAGAGGAGCAAGAUCAGGGCUUCAGGAGAAAGCUUCAGGGUUUGCGACCCCCUCGAGGCAGCUGCCGUACGUGCCGAACCCUGAGAAGGGAUGCUGCCGUCCCUCUUGUACCCGCAAAGCGGCAGCCUCGCAGUAUCCUGCAGCUGUGGAUUCGGUUGCCACCCUGUCGUGGGUGAAGAGUCUGAGGAGUGACCGGGGGACCCGAAAUCAAGCAGGGAGGUCAGCAACACCAAACAGAUGGAGACUCCCAGGUUCAACGCCAGCUCCAUGGGCGAACACGUCGCUCGAGUUGCCUCCGCACAUCAAGAGUCCUGAAGGUGACCGCAAGAGAGUGAAGUCUCCUCAAGUCCAAUCGCCAGGCUCUAGGCAGCAGCACGCCUCGGCAGGGCACCCCAUCCAAGCAUCCUCGUGCUCUGGCGAGGGACGGUUCGCUCUGGCGCGACAUGAGAGGAUCAACGUUGUCGGGGGAAUCAGUACCGUUCCACAUGGUCUGAAACAGCGGGAUAUUCGAGAAGAUGCGGCGAUGGAAAUGAAGUCCCGUAAUGGAGAUUCUGAUGUCGACGACCAGACAGUGGACCACACUGGUUGCUCGCAGCCGGUCCACUUGAGACUACGGGUUCACAUUCCUCCGGAACAUGGAUCCAACCUGCGGGUAGCGCCCCCACUGACAGUGCGAAGACUUGAUCCGACCACCCAUCAACAGUUUUUCGAAAAAGGACAAAAGUAUCUGAACAAGUUGUCUCUGGAGCUUCCCGAGGAUCGCACUAUAAUGGCUGUCGUCUCAGAGGGUGAUAUUCCCGUUGCCGUCGUCCGCGUACGGCUAACGGACGAGGAUUCGACUACAGGGGAACAUUAGUGAUCUCGAGCGCGUUUUUGAGGUGCGUGCUUUCAGAGCAAGUGAAGGAACACAUUCAACAUGCAAAUUCUACAUAAUGCACAUCUUGGUCCGCCGAGUACGCAUAAGCGGCUGUUAUUGUCAUGCCAGUUUUGGGACACAGGAGCGUACGUGACUCAGGUGUGUUUGUGAAGCAUUUACUCUCAAGCUGGAGACACGUCUGCCAAACCCGUCUCGAUUGCGGUUGCCACUGACGACUGAAGCUGACAACUGCUUCCAAAACUUGUCUUAUCACAGAGCAUCUUACCCGUGAGAGGCGCCACUGUUAAAGGAGGAACAUACGCUUCCGGCCUUUAUCUGAUUGUGUUGAGAGUGCGCCGAUGGUAGACUCAAUCUCUGUGGUAUAUCUUUCGGGAUUCUGUUAUGAUUAAUGUACUUCCUACAACUGCCAGAAUAUAGCGAACGGGAUCUGAACGACGAUGGCCAACGAUGUGACCGAUUACCACUCAGAAAGACGACUGGGACUGAUUGGCUAAAACUCUUCCACACUGCAACGAGACAGAUUUGUCCUACUACUUGGGAAAAAUUCAACGUCUCCGCACCAGAGGACAGCUUGGAAUAAUGCAGCAGUUAACUGGCACGAACUCAGUAUAUUUUAGGCAGCCAGUGGCGCGGUUGUACAUCUCUCGAACCUGUUGUGGUUCAACACGCCAACGCGGGCGCGGUUAUCAAGGGUGCUGGUCGCAUUUCCUGUUCGGUUAGUGAUCAUUGCAAGCGCGCAUUAGACCUGUUUCGUUUUUUCAACAUCGACGCAAAGGCAACUGUCUGACCAUUUCCCAAGAUUCGUUAUGUUGUAUCCGUGAAAAUGCUUGACAGCCGCGAA